UUCAAACCGUCUUCAUCCGGGUCAUCCGGCCUCCACCACCGCACCCCCCACGCGGCCGCAGCCGCCCCCUCGCCAGCGGGAACCGGAGCCGUGAGCCGGGGGCGGGGAGUGGGCGGGGGGGGGCCGGUGACGGACAGAGUGUGUUGUCCGAGCGCGGUGUGAUUCUCCUGCUCGCCACUUCCCGCCUCUUUCAGAAAGUUUCAGUCUUCCCUCAGUGUCCUGGUGAAUGUCCCGCCGUCAGCCCUGAGUGAUGUUAAUGUCGGGUUGUUCCCUGUCCCGGGGAACACUGGAUGCUGCCUGAUUGAAGGAUGAGUUAGACCGUUCCCCCACGGCCGGGGGGGGGGAUCAUAAAGGUGAUGGAUGGCAGAAAACCGGAGUGAAGGCCACAAUCUCAUCUCUCUGAACAUUGCAACUGAUCCCAGUGACCAUACACCCUCAUGCUGCUGGUUAUGUUCCACGCCCAGUGCUACACAAAUCCAGUUGUAAAUUUCUUAAGUCCCUGAUUCCUCUUCCCAGCAUUUCCAGGAACCGUUCUUCCGUCAGCCCUUCCACAGUUAUGUUGUUACAUUGCAGUUCUGUUUCCGCGCUGCUGUUGUCAUCGCUAUGGCUGCCCUGCCUUGCAUGGGUUAAAUCUUUAAGUUUGCUUUCCGAGAUCGUCAGUGUUCUGAAUCGUGAUUACAUAAUUCACAAAAAAAUUCAUAAAAAUAAACUAUUGGGACUGUGAUUACUUGGUGGACCCCCUCCCCCGUCAUUUGAGAAGAUGCGUAGAGAUAUGAUAUGGAGCAAAAUGAAGGAAAUUUGUUCCACUCCAGAUGUUUGAUUUGAUAGAAGCAUUGACCGUCAGUGGUUGAUGUGAAUAUUAUUGAGGUACAAUGCACGUGGAUGCUUUACAAUGAAGAACAAAUGUGAAGAAAUCUGAAGCACGGAAGCAACUUGUGAGUCCUAGUUCAGAUUCUCAUAAGGUUAACAUGCAGGUUCAGUUGGUAUUUAGAAAGGUAAAUUUCAAGAGGACAAGAAUACAAGAGCAGAGAUAUACUGCUGGUACAGUAUAAAGCCCUGGUCCUGUAUCAAAUGGAGGGUGUCUUGGCCUCGAUAGAGGGGUGUCCAGAGGAUGUGUACAAGGAUGUCCCCAGAAUAAGAAGGGCUUGUCAUAUGUGGCGCAGUUGAGGACUCUGGAUCUGUUUUUGAUGCAGCUUAGAUGAGGCAAUCUCAACAGAAUACAGAGUGGAUGUGGGGAAGAUGUUUCCACCAGUAGGAGAGACUAGGACCUAAGGACACAUCCUAAAAGUGAAGGAAAGACUCUUUACAACUGAGAUGAGGGCAAGUUUCUUCAGCCAGAGGAUGGUAAAUCGGUGGAACUCACUUCCGCAGAAGGUUGUAGAGGUCAAGUCAUCGAGAGUCUUCAAGACAGAGAUAGAUAAAGGAAGAUCUAACAUUGAAAUGAUUUCCCUGAUUCAAAUCAUGACCAAGAAGACUCAUGAGCUGGGUUGAAAGAUGUCUCCAGUCCUGUCCAACUAACACCAGGUUAGAACUUGCAGUUUGGCUACUGGUAAGACAGAACCUGGCCUGUCUAUCGAAGAAUGGAUCAGAAUUUCAACCAUUCUGUGAAAUUCCAGCCCGCUUCCUUGCUCAACAUUUCAUUGCUGGCAGAACAAUUCCAGUUCUGCUCGGACUCAGUGAGUAGUACCACUUUUCUCAUCGUGGCCUACAGUGCAGUGAUGGCAGUGGGCAUGAUUGGCAACAUGUGCCUGGUUUUGGUCAUUAUGAGGCAGAAGGAAAUGCGUAAUGUGACCAAUAUCCUGAUCGCCAACCUGUCAUGCUCAGAUAUCCUCAUUACCACCCUUUGCCUCCCAGUGACAGUGAUUUAUACCAUGAUGGACCAUUGGAUCCUUGGUGCUGCACUUUGCAAGUUGACCCCAUUUGUUCAGUGCACGUCAGUUACUGUGUCCAUCCUCUCCUUGGUCCUGAUUGCUUUGGAGAGACAUCAGCUGAUUAUCAACCCAACUGGUUGGAAGCCAGCAGUGGGCCAUGCAUACUUGGCAGUUGCUCUCAGCUGGCUAGUUGGAAGUUUAAUCUCUUUACCUUUUAUCUCCUUCAACGUCUUGACCAGUGAGCCCUACUCAAACAUUUCCUUUCUCCCAGACUCUUUCAAGGAUCAUGCAGCUUGUAUUGAAAGCUGGCCUUCAGAGCAGCACAAGCUGGCCUACACCACCUGCCUCUUGGUCUUCCAGUAUGGCUUGCCCCUGCUUCUGAUGCUGACCUGUUACUUCCGGAUCUUCCUGCGUCUCCGAAGGCGCCGGGAGAUGGUGGACCGUGCAAGGGAUGGGAACCGCCGGGUCAGCCACAGUCGGAAGAUCAACAUCAUGUUGGCAUCUAUUGUUGUGGCCUUUGGCCUUUGUUGGCUGCCACUCACAGUUUUCAACACGGUAUUUGAUUGGAACCACGAGGCCAUCUCCAUCUGUCACCACAACCUCAUCUUUUCACUUUGUCACCUGACAGCUAUGCUGUCCACCUGCGUCAACCCAGUCAUCUAUGGCUUCCUCAAUACCAACUUCCAGAAGGAGGUGAAGGCCAUGUUGUACCGUUGUCGUUGUGGUGGCACUUCAGACACCUACGAGAGUUUUCCUUUGUCCACAGUCAACACUGAACUGUCGAAAGCUUCCGUAUGCCAUUAAUUGUGUCUAACUUCAGCUGCAUUGUGCCUUUUGUGGAUCAUUUGACACUCGUUCUUGCUGUUUAUGUCUGCAGCAAUUACAUCGCUCCCCUCAUGCCAAGUCUCACUGCUGAGAGUUGUCAGUCUGCGCCGAGACGGUCUGGCUCCAGCAGUCGUGGAUGACUUGUCAAUGCUGUGUUGUCAAUGCUUUGAAAAUCAGGACCCCUGAAAUGCACCAACACGGGGAGGCUGUGCGUUACUUGCCUUAAAGUGACCCAUCUUCAAGUAACAUUGACACUGAAUUUGUGAGACAACGGUUCCAAAAUGUACCUGGCACGGGUGAGGUGACAGUAUGCAGUAGGUUGUUUGUGUAUCUUAUUGGGCCUCUGGCUGACAAAUCUGCUGGUUCCUCCGGAUCUCACAUGGUCCUUUACUAGCUCCA